AUGCCAACAGAGUUCAUCAGUCUCACCUUUCCCAAUGCCUCCACGGAGCUGGCUCCCAUAGCGAACGCUUCCAUCGAUCCGACAUAUCUCGCUCGAUACGCCAAAAGUCUAGACGACUAUGCUUUCAACUACACCUUGGUGCCGUACGACUCCUCAUCUUACGAUCCAUUCACAAUCGGAGCCACAAUUGCUGCCCACACCAAGAAUCUCAAAAUCAUCAUCGCCUUGAGGCCUAAUACGCUUUACCCGACCGUUGCUGCGAAAGCUCUGGCAACACUUGACCAGUUGAGCAAUGGCCGAGCAGUUGUUCACUUCAUCGCCGGCGGCAGCGACGCAGAACAAGCCAAAGAAGGCGACUUCCUCGACAAGAACGAACGUUACGCCCGUCUGGAAGAGUAUAUCCAGAUCCUCAAGCGAGCCUGGUCCUCCCCCGACGCCUUCGACUGGUCCGGAAAGUACUACCAAUUCAAGGGCUUCACCAACCGCGUACGUCCCGUCAACGGCACCAGCAUCCCGGUCUCCGUCGGUGGAUCUUCCGACGAAGCGUACCGCGUGGGAGGCUCGUUGGCUGAUAUCUUCGGUCUCUGGGGCGAACCGCUCAAGGAGACGAGAGACCAGAUCACUCGCAUCUACGCUGAAGCGGAGAAAGCUGGCCGCACUGACCGUCCGAGGAUUUGGGUCACUUUCCGACCCAUCACUGCUGAGACGGAUGAAUUGGCCUGGGACAAAGCGCACAAGACGCUUGACUUGCUGACCGCCAACAUCGCGGCGGGUCAAGGCAAGGUGCAGCCCAAUGCUCCUCCACCGCAGAAUGAGGGCAGCAAGCGGCUCCUCGACAUCGCGAAGAGAGGCGAGGUGCAGGAUCGAGCGCUGUGGUAUCCGACUGUGACGGCGACGAAUGCCAGAGGAGCAUCGACGGCGUUAGUGGGAAGUUGGGAGACGAUUGCGGAGAGUAUUCUGGAUUAUGUGGAUUUGGGUUGUGAGUUGAUUUCGAUCAGAGGGUACGACAACCUGAACGAUGCGAUUGAUUACGGGCGGUAUGUGUUGCCAAAGGUCAGGGCUGGAGUUGAACAGAGAAGUAAGAAUAGGAAGGUGCAGGACAAGCAAGAGGAGGCGAAGGAACAGAACGGCGAUGUGGGGGCCGUUGGUAAGGAUGGGACUUGA